CCACGCUCUACUCGCGACCACGAGCAGCUGUAAGCACACUGGUCACGAACUCUUCAUCGCGAUGCGAGAUUCGUCCACCUUUGAUAAGUUCACCUUUGAGGAUUUACUGGACGCUGUGAUUGAUCGGGUUGAUAAAACAGCGAGGAAAUGGACUACGGAUAAGCUUGACACAAUCGAAAGGCGCCUCCAGAUUGCUGCGGCAAUGAUCAGAGGCGCUCGUAAUUCUCUUCAGCCAAUCAACCGACUUCCCCCAGAGCUGCUCGCCAUAAUAUUUCUACUGAGACAACAGCAUCUCCCCAGCUUUUUGCCCAUUCCUAGUGUAGGUGUUUACAAGCAGAGACACCACCGAGAUUGGCUGAAAGUUUUGCAUGUCUGCCGACAUUGGCGAGCUAUAACCGCCACAUGCGCAAGGCUGUGGGCAACAGUAGACAACGAUCUGGAUCCUUCCACUUUCAUACGUCGUUCUUCUACGGCGCCACUCACCGUCUAUGUUGGUAUCAGAAACGGGAAAAUAAAUCAACCUGAUCUCGAGAUUAUUCUUCGCCAGACACGUCGUAUCCGGGAACUUCACAUUGAUGCGUUCAAAUGGCAGAUCUCUGCGACACCUCUGUAUGAGCUUCUCAAUCGACCGGCAAAAAGUCUUGUUAGUCUGACGAUCUUGAUCGAUGGUGAUCGUAACUCUACCCCUCAUGACUUGCCGGCCCUCUUUAACGGGAGAAUGCCCAGGCUAAGGCAGCUCUGCUUAGAGCACAUAUCCUCAUGGCCUAAAAACCAUUUCAAAAAUCUCACUCACGUUUGUCUCUAUCGACAAGACCGUGAAUUCAGACCCUGCACGAACGACUUUCUCGACUUCUUGGAGGGUUGCCCCUUGUUGGAAGAACUCGCGUUAAUUGACGCGGGACCGACAAGGUCGACAGCUGGUGACGUUCCGGCCGUCCUUUCCCACCGCGUUGUUCCGCUAGAUCAUCUACGCGAGUUGAACUGCGGAAGUUUGGGAUACGCCCUUCCUAUCACCCGAUUGUUAUCUCAUCUUGCCCUUCCUGCAUCGACAGCCAUGUAUUUUUGGGGUGCUCCCCUGCAGCUACCGACGGAGGAACUUUCUCAGCUAAUACCCGAUAAUCGCUCGCAUCUCCAAAAUCUACGUAAUAUCAAGGAAUGCCGGCUCAUUCGUUCCUUGCUCUCAGUGGGGAGCUCAUACCAGCUUGUUGCGGUAGUAGAUUCCGUGAUCUACAUCUGUGGCCUUUUCUCCCCUCCGGAAGUGGUAGGUAUGAUAUCACACUAUCCCCUAAACGAUGUCGAAACAUUGGUAAUCGAGGAACGCCUCCUCAGUUCGUUUAGUAAUAUCACGACCGCCAUGUGGAGAGACGUGUUUGGUUAUUUCCCCAAUCUCACGCAUCUCCGGUUGCGACCGUACUGUCUGCCGUCUCCUACACGAAACAUUCUUUCUGCGUUGUAUCCAGCACAGAAUCUGGGCCACACGAGCGACAUCCUCUGUCCUUUACUCACCUCUGUGCAAAUUGAAGGUGGCGAUGACGCUGUCCCUGCAGCUUAUAUCGCUUUGUUAGUGGCGGCUCGCAGGGAAGAGGGUAGCUCCAUAGUGGACUUGAAGAUAUCAUCUUUCGACCCUCGCCGUCUUCAUCCCCAACCUCCUCCUCCUUCCUCGCGCUCUUCGUCCCCGUCCGCUCACAGCUCUAUAUCCACUUCAUCCGAUUCAGAUUCCGAUGACCUACCAGCUGGGGAAGAGGAUGUCACCAUCCUGAAGGAACAUAUUCCCAACGUUCAGGUACUCAAAAAGCAGGAUGUCGUUGGUAUGUUUCCCCCUCGAUGGCCGACUCGAGCGCACAUGUGGCACCUGGAGCAUACUAAUCGACGAGCAAUGGCUCGGUGGUGAUCUUAUCGAUGAGAUCCGAUCAGAUAAAGAUAAAUACCAGCUUCGUACAAAUGUAAUAAUUAAUGUGGGGUGCCGUAACCUUCUAACAGUCUA